UCACUCAUCAACCAUGAACCCAAUCCAAGGGGCAUUGCAGAUGCAAUUAAUAUCAUCUCCACUGCAGAGAUAGAGAAGCCGAGGCCCAGAGAGGGUGAGGAACCUGCCUAAGGAUGCACAGCUAGUGAGUGGGCCGGGAUUUGAACCCAGGCCUUUGGCUCUGGAGUCCACAGCACAGUCUGUGGAAGAUACAGUCCAACACCCUCCCUGCAAGCACAGAGGGAGGAAUGAGGCUGAGCGGGGUUCAGAAGUUGCCCAAGGUGACCGUGACGGAGCAGGAAGUAACCAGGAGGAAUUUAGAAUCUGGCCUUUGUCACCAUUUGCUCGGCCCUCAGCAGCAGUGAACUUGUCUCAACAAUGACCAGGACUUUGCCCCCUGGGCAAACCCAAAGCCAGGAUAACACAUGGGCACAGUUCGUUCCCACAUGCAGGGUAGCACAAGGAGAAUGGGUGUCAUGACAGAUGUCCACCGGCGCUUCCUCCAGUUGCUGAUGACCCAUGGCGUGCUAGAGGAAUGGGACGUGAAGCGCUUGCAGAGACACUGCUACAAGGUCCAUGACCGCAAUGCCACUGUAGAUAAGUUGGAGGACUUCAUCAACAACAUUAACAGUGUCUUGGAGUCCUUGUAUAUUGAGAUAAAGAGAGGAGUCACGGAAGAUGACGGGAGACCCAUUUAUGCGUUGGUGAAUCUUGCUACAACUUCAAUUUCCAAAAUGGCUACGGAUUUUGCAGAGAAUGAACUGGAUCUGUUUAGAAAGGCUCUGGAACUAAUUAUUGACUCAGAAACUGGCUUUGCGUCUUCCACAAACAUUUUGAACCUGGUUGAUCAACUUAAAGGCAAGAAGAUGAGGAAGAAGGAAGCGGAGCAGGUGCUGCAGAAGUUUGUCCAAAACAAGUGGCUAAUUGAGAAGGAAGGGGAGUUCACCCUGCAUGGCCGGGCCAUCCUGGAAAUGGAGCAAUACAUCCGGGAGACGUACCCCGACGCGGUGAAGAUCUGUAAUAUCUGUCACAGCCUCCUCAUCCAGGGUCAAAGCUGCGAAACCUGUGGGAUCAGGAUGCACUUACCCUGCGUGGCCAAGUACUUCCAGUCAAACGCCGAACCGCACUGCCCCCACUGCAACGACUACUGGCCCCACGAGAUCCCAGAAGUCUUCGACCCUGAGAAGGAGAGGGAGUCUGGUAUCUCAAAAUCGAACAAAAAGUCCCUGCGGUCCAGGCAGCAUUAGCCGUCGUGCUCUGCUGAGGGACUGGCUGCCUUGGGUGGCCUGAUCGCCGCAGCCCUUCUUGGAAGAGAGGCGUCCGUGUUUCAGGUUCCAUGCGAGUCACCUCUUUCUUCUUAAUGUGGACUGUCCACAGCUUUGGAAUAAACUGUCCUGGAAGUUGCUGCA